UCAACAAAAAAUCACAUCAAACAUCUUGAAAACCACUGACUGAUUUACUCUGCCAAAAAAUAUGUAAAAACCUAAGUCUUUAACAAGAUUUAUAACAAGAAAACUUUAAAAAUUAGUUAGCAGCAAAUCAAAUUUACAACAAAACCAAAGUAGUUUUCUAACUUUUUUACGAAGACUAAAGUUUUUAGUGCAUAACACUAUCUGCAAGUCAUAAAAAACCUCGAAAAACAAUAAAAGAAAUUUAAAAUGAAGAAGAAUCAAAAAUACUAAAUAGUACUUUCAACAAAUUGCGCAGCAAUAAAAAGUAGAAAUUAAAAAAAAGAAACUACCACAAAUCAGUUCCACUUCAUUUGACGCAACUUUUCAACGACUACCGCAAUUACAUAGUUACUCGUACAUACAACUCGUUCAACUUUUCCGCACAUCAUCUGCUCUCAUAAAUUGGCAUAACUUCACGAGCAAGCAACGUUCAAUCGCCUGCAAGUGUAGCAAGGAAUGCAGCGUUGUCCCUACAUACAUGAAAUGCGAGAACGUCUACUGAACGAGCAGCCGCGUGAGUCAGUACCGUUAGAGCAAAUGGAGCGCGCCAAUCUACUAGACAAUCGACAAUCGGCUGAUUCGCAUCAGCUACACGCCGAUGGCUAUCACACGAGUCCAGCACAUCAACGAACGCCGUUGGUGCCGCGCGAUCUGGGCGAGGAUUUCAAUUUGGAUUUUGACGAUGAUUUUCCGAUUGAUGCGCGUCGGCCUAAAAAUGCCAAAAACCACUCCAGCCACGCUCUGGACCCCGUUUCGAAUACAUCAUUGAAAAGGUUCGACUCUUCAUUUUUCUACAAUACAAAUUUUCAUUUUGUUGCUUUAUUGUGA